AGGAGAAGAAGAAAAUGUCGAAUGCACCUUGGUGUCACUUUUAUUUUGGGUAUCAUGAUGAAUAUUUGUUAAAUUUUCCAUACAAAAUUAAAACAACAACAAUUAAUUUCUUUAAGAAAAAAAAAUAAUUUUUAUGUGUAGUAGCUCUAAACUAUGAUUAGAAAAAGUUUUGAGCAAUGACUAACAGAUGUGCUAUCGGUUAUCAAAAAAAACAAAAAAAAAAAGGGCUGAGAUUUUCAGCCACCUAAAGCUAAAGGCACAGCUUCGCCUUUCGACUCAGCCCAAGCGACAACCAAAAACGUUGAGGAAAGUUGCUCUGCAACAGUGUCGGAUCGAUGACGAUGAUGAAUCGCCUUCUACCUAAGCAGCCCCCUCCACUUCUCCUCCUCCUCCUCCUAAUCGUAAUUCUCUUGCUCCAGCAAUCAUUUGUACUUGCAUUCACUUCUUCUCCCAACGCCUUUUCCUCCUCAAACGACACCCUUCUCUUACAGGAUGUCUUGAACCAAAUCUCCACCAAGCUCAGUUGGGGGUUGGAUGACAUUAAGGUUUCCAGGCUAGACCUUAAAAAGCUUAGGUUUGGGGCUGCUAAUCGGUACGUUUUUCGGGUUGGACUCGGCAAGAGUCGCAUAUCGGCCAAUUUCUCCGACGACGUGACCUCAUGGAAGAAGUUCAGGAAACCAAGGUCCCAUCAUUUUGGGUAUUUGCUCAAUAAUAUUACUUCUUUGACUUUACUUGACACCUUCCAAGUGGAGGGACCCUUUGAGUUGCGGGUCGGUGCUUUUGAUAACCCUUCUCUGUUUGUGCCGGUGAACCGUACACAUGCUGGGUUUAAUCGAAUUAUAGUUGGUGAAGGCAUCACAGUUGAAGUAAGAAAAGCUCGAGAAGUCUCUGCCUUCCAUGCAUCUAAUCUCAGUAUACCAGUGAACGGAAGUAAUGUGACUGAGAAGGAGAAAAGUGAGUUUUUGCCCAUUUGGCAUUCAUUUUGCAGACCGUUAAUGCAGAUUCAAGUUUUUGGGUCUCCUGAAUUAGUUGCAUACAGGACUCGAAAUCCUUAUGCUUACAUUGAAACCAAUUUUAUCUCGAAGGACACGAUUGAGUUGUUGGCAGAUAAGUGUUAUGGCUCUCAGUCUCAUACGUACAAGAAGCGAGAUUGUCCUAUUGAUUCCUUAAGUUCGGGAAUAUCAAUGCUGGAAAAAGUUCUAAGAAGCUACUUUGGUAAAAGGCUAAAUGGUUUAGUGGGUCUUUUUCGAGGAAAUAUCAAAGCUUCAGCUCUAAUCCGCUUCCAACUUGAGCUGGAAAAGAAUUUAAGAAGCAACCGUACUGACAAAGCCAAAGAUGGGUGGAGAACAAUGCCCACUGUUGAAAGGGUUUUGUUUGAAGUAGUGGCAAGAGUUGAAGCAGAGAGGUUGAAGCUCCUUAUAGUGAAGGAAGUAGAACCUUUUGCUAUGGCAGAUACAGUUGCAUGGAGCAAUUUGUCCAACAUCUCAUUUACCAAGUUCCCAUCUCUCCUUGUUCCUUCUGAGGCUUUAACACUGGAUGUCAAAUGGUAGGUUUAAUCUCCCUUGUUACAUAUUUUUCUUUUUUCUUCUUCAAUUUGAGAAAUUUUAUAUAGACGAAAGAUGUGAUUGAGCCCUGUUCUCUUGUUUAAUGAUGAUUGUAUCAGGUUUUUCUGUACAUGUUGUAAUAGAAAUUCAUAUUAGUCAUUACUGCCUGUAAAUAUGCUAAUUUGUUAUCAACGAAGGAAAAAUAAUAUAAACAAUAGUAUUUACUGUUAGAAUGUGAUGAUUUGAGCUUAGUUCGUUUGCUGUA